UCCGUUUCCUCUGCUUUAUUUUUGCUCUCCCAUGGCGGAAGCUUCUGAAAAAAUGUCUCCGUCCAAACGCCCACUCCAUUUUCUCCUCCGCUGCUUCGGAUCUUCCCCCAAAGUUCAAACCAAGAAGAAUCCUACGACCGGCCGACGGGACAGCCGGAUUCCGUCGCCUCGGUUCCGAUUUAAGAAGUCCUCUGCAACUGUGCCAAUCGACGUUGCCGUGCCGGAGAUCACCGUGCCAUGUGACGAUAAAGCCUCUUUUUCGCCGGAGUUUAAGAAACCGCCUCCCUCGCCGCUGAUUAAAUCCAGAGCUCCGACGGUCCGAACCAAGAUCGUCGAGUUGAUAAAGCCGAGUCAACCUUGGAAGAAAACAGAGUCAACCCGGUCUGAUUUCCUUACGCCGGCGAAAAGAACCGCCGCGUUAUUGCAUUCUAUCUCUCUUCCCUCCCGGAGACUAAACCGCCAAAAAGAUUUCAAAAAAACAGUAUCUCAUCUCUCCGCCGUCAAAACCCCCACGCCGACGUCAUCCGAGCGGAGGAAACCAGCGGAUAAGCCUCCGAUGAAUUCCCCGGCGAAGAUACUCGAUCUGAUUAUUGUGAUUGUUGCAGUGGCGAUUGUGGUACUGUGGGGACAACUCUGCGCCAUACUCUGCACGACGGCACUGUUCUAUUUCUGCCGCCGAUUGAGAUCAGAAACCGAAUUAGAGGGCGGCGGCGAGAUGCGAGUCUUGAAUCGAAAAGGAAGUGGUUUCAGGAAGGUUUCUGGAGAGGUUUGUGCAAGGUUACGGGGAACCGCCAUGUGAGGGAGCUCGAAGAAUAUUUUAAUGGCGGAGAUGUGACAGGUUGUUACGCUAAUUUUUGUAAAUUAUUGGCGAGGGUACGAGUUCGAACACUGUAAAACUAAUA